GAAAGCACGGGCUCGGUCCAUUGUCAUUUUUCCUUGCCGCAGCGAGCCAGCGACGCCUGAGGCAGCUCAAGGGAGCAGUAGAUCGGCGGCAGCCGCGGCGGCGAGCUAGGGUUCCGGCGAGACUACCGGAUGGCCUCCGAGGCAGCGCGGCGGCGGCAGGAGCUGGCGGCGCAGGGGCAGCGGCACCUGGAGGAGACCAUAGCCGCCGCGUUCCAGAUCCUCGUCUCCAUGAACGACGAGCUCUGCAACGCUGGCCUUUGGUCGUCCUCCUCAGUCUCCGCUACGGCCGCGGCCGCCGCCGGACCCCAGCACCAGCACUCCGCUACUCCGCCGCUGCCACAUUCCGCGGACUCCGACGCCGCCGACGCAGGAGGCGCGCCGGCCCCCGGCGGGUCGCUCGACGAGGCGAGGCACCGGUACAAGUCCGCCGUGGCGGCGCUCCGGGCGUCCAUCGCCGCUGUGUCAUCCUGCGCGCAGGACAUAGGAUCAACAGAAUUUGAAGCUGACAAUGCAGAGAUUGAGAGGUUGGAAGUGCAUGCAUCUACUUUGAGAAAGGAAAUUGAAAGAAAAAACAAGCACGUAAAGCUCCUCAUGGAUCAGCUCCGGGAGCUAAUAUCAGACAUAUCGAUGUGGCAGAGCCCAUGCUCGGUGUGAAAUGUCAGAGAGGAGAAACCACCAGGACCAGGGGUGGGUGCAUGUCUGUAUCUCAUACUGAUUUGCUAACCUCUUGGAAGGGAAAACAGAAGGUACCUGAUUGGAUUGGACGAGAAGUAGGAUGGUUUUCUCACAAGGGUGGAAACAAACAUGGUCAAAGUAUGGAUUAAGCUAUUGAUGCAGAUACCAAUGACUUGUGAUGGACGCGGAUGCUGUUUUGGAUGUAACAGUAUAUAUGCAUAUCCUUUGCUGCUUUAUAAAUCUUCCUUUUUUUUCUUUGAGGAAAUUAUGAAUCUUCUUUUGAAACUAGAUGCUGUUUGGUUGUGGUAUUUUACGGUGUGAUCUGAUCUUACGGUUGAAUAAUUGUUGUCAAUCAACCGGACUGAGUCCAGAGAGAAAGGGGGACAAGAAGUUCAGUACUUGUCUAGUUGCUUGUGGGUUUUAUAAAGUUUUAUGCUUAGUUUGGAGUAUAUAUAUGAGGCAAGACUUUAUUGUAACAAACUAGAUAUUUAGAUAAUAAAGAAUAAUUCCUCGUA